GAGGGAACGUAGUUUAUUCAGCUGUAUCUUUUUAUCUGAGAGACAUUUAUGUUGAGUGAUAAAUUGGACAAUUUUAUCCAAGUGAUAUGUAAAGUUGAUAGACAAAGUUUAUUAAAUCAGGGAAUGUUGUAAAAUUUAUUAAAUUAAAGGUAUAAAGGAUUAAUAAAAAUUUAUCUACCGAUAUUAUGUUGAUAUAAGCAAAAAAAGCGCUUUUAACAUCCUCAAAACUUUCAAUUCCAUCGCAUCUUGUUUUUUAAAAUAUGAGUGAAGAAAGAAGUGAAAAAAAGUCAUUUUUGAUAACAUUCGUUUAAAUUUUGAUAAUCUCGUUGAUUUAAAGUGGACAUAAUUGCCUCAGAAUUUCAUCUGUUAUCAUUCUCAUACAAGAAAAAAUAAAAUAUUAUAAAGAAACAGGAAAAGCAAGAGAGCACAUAAAAGACUCACUUAUGUAAGAAAAUAAGAGAAGAAGACAGAAUCCAUAUGAGCUCCAAAUCGACUCACUGAGGAGUAAAGAAAGCACAUACAUACACAAAUAUCGACAACAGAACAAUAUAUUUGUAUAUAAUAAAAUUUAUCUUUUGUGCAUAGUGAGAAACAGAAAGAAAAGAAAGUCGGGAAAAGUGUGAAAAAUAAAUAAUAAAAAGAAAAGAACAGAACAGAAAAAAAGACUCAAUUUCUCAAAAGAAGCAAAAAAUAUGAGUUCUGCUGUUUCACCAUCACAAGUCACAUCGAGUACACCGAUUCUUGUUACAACACCAUCGAGCGAUACAAAGUCAUUCAACGAACAUAAACGAGAUGAAUCUAUUGAUGAUCAGCGACAGCAAUUGAAUAAACAACUGAAUAAAACUUAUACACGGGGCAACAGUAAUAAGAAUAAACAGCUAACGCGAAGCCAUGCAAUGAAAGAGUCAGCAUCACCACCACGCACACCGAAUUCACAUUCACCAAACGAUAUGAAAUCACAUUCACCAACGGCGCCUGCAUUAAUGAAUCCAGGUGAGGAUGGCUUGCAAAACACAUCAGCAGCAGUAGCAUCGUCAUCAUCGUUAUUAUUAACAGCACCACCAUUCAUAUUGCCAGAAUCAAAUAGUGCUGGUGGAAAGAGUCAAUUGGAUAUAGAAUUUCCAAAAUUAACACCUCCAAAAACAAAAGUCGGAUGGAACUCGUCGUCACCAUCAACGGGUGGAUCACAGCGUAGUAAUAAUAGCCGAAAAUCUGUCUCAUCCGAUACAUCGUCAACAAAUAAUUCCUUAUGUGAGGAUAUAAACGAAUCUCAUAUUAAUGACAAAGGCUCUCAACCUCAGCAGCAUCAACAGCAGAAAACAGGAUCUCAAACAAUCUCAGUUUCUACGACAUGUACUCAAAUAUCGUCAGCAUCAUCACCGCUGUGUGAUAAAAAGCAGCAACAAUAUUCAUCAUCAAAUGAUAAUAAUAAUGAAUGCGAGAAAAAUUUAAAUGAAUCAUUUAAUAAUAUUAAUUUAAAUAAUAAUAAUAAUAAUAUUAAUAAUUCUAGUAAUAGUAAUAAUAAUAAUAAUAAUAAUAAUAAUCAUGAUGAGCGUGUGAUUUCACCAUCGAGGGCUCAAUGUAAAAGUCCAAAUUACAAUGACAGUAAUAAUAAUAAUGGAUCAUCUAAAUCAACUCCUCCAGUGUAUCCGUUAAAUAUCAAAGGUAAACCACCAUUGAAAAACAUGGGCUCAUCAUCGUCAUUUGAGGGUGGAAAUACAUCAUCUGGUUUUAUAUCACGUGAUAGUUCAAGCGAACAAUUUGUCGAUCAAAAUGGCAUCGAUUUGGUUCAAUUUUUCAAAGAAACAUUAAAUAAGAAUGCAAAAGACCGGAACAUGUUGAUGAAAAUUGAGCGAGAUUUGUCACAAUUGGCUGUGGAUCAAACGGGUCGUACUUUCAUCAAAUUUCCACCAAUGUCUUCCUACAAUCGAAUGCUUGUGCAUAGGACGGCAGCAUAUUUUGGGAUGGAUCAUAAUGUUGACUCAACACAACAGUGUGUUAUUGCAUCAACAACAAAAGAUACUAGAAUCCCUGAUAUUCGAUUUAAAACCCUCAUUCGAGAUACAUUUAGUGAAGAGCCACGAAAAUCAAUACUGAAACGUGAAGCACAUAGCUUUGAAGAUUAUCGUCAAGGCGGUCUCUUAUCCGUACAACGUAGCAUUUUAAAUCGUAAAGCAAAAAGUUUCGAGGAACGCGACGAAGAGUACGAAAAGUACGAAAAGGAAUGGCAAUGGAUUCAUCAUGACGGUGGUGGUGAUAUGUCCAACAAACUCAAAGUUCCAAUACGAUUUAUGAAAAUUCAUGCAUCGAAAUCACAUUCAUUCGGUGGCUAUGGUGGAUCUAAUGCAACACUCAUGCGUGAUGAUUCAAUUACGUCAAGUAGAAGUGCGGGUCCGAGAUUACAUAAACAAGAUUCCACAACGAGUACAACAUGGAGGCUUUCGCCAUCAAGCAGUGGAUACAAGACACAAUCAUUACGUUCGGAUUCCUCACCGACUGGUGGUUAUGGAAGUGAUACACCCGAACCAUCGUCUGCACAAUCACCUGACGCAAGUCGUGGUGUUGUAUGGGCUGUGACUGACUUAGCUAGUGUGCCAAAGGGCAGUUUAAUAAUUGAUCCACAAACACUACAACCGAUUUUAAAUCAAGAUGGUUCACUGUAUCAUUUUGAUCCCUCUAAUCCGCCAACGACGAGUGCUCGAUAUUCAAAUACUGGAAAUUCACAUGUGAUGCCAUUUGAUGCGAUAUCACCAAAGAUUCAUGACGAUGCCUGCAAAACCAAAGAUGAUAACUGUGAAAAUAAAUCUAGUCAAUGUGAACUGAAACCUCAGUCAUCUCACCUUAAUGCAGAGGAAUUAAUGUCACCAAAGCAAAAGAAUCAGUCAACAAGUCCAAACUUACCCAUAACUGAGAAUACUAUUAAUGACGAUGAGUAUCCAUACGAUCUUCAGGAAUCUGUGACACCGACGUCGAGUGUCCAACCGAUAAUCGAGGAGAAUGUACAUGUUGAUUUAAAGAAAGAUGAAUUGACGUCCGUAACAGAAACUCCACCCGUCCAAGAAAUCAGAUUCCAGACGAAUCCAUACUCAAAUAAUACUGCUGUCACAGCGACACCAACGUUGCCUCCCGUAUUGGGAUAUCCUACAGCUGCUUCAUUCACAACCACUCCCAUAGAGACUGCAGGAACUAUUUAUCAUACAGGGCCUGAUGGCACAUUGUACGUUUUGUCACAACCUGUGAUGUAUUCAUAUACUACUACGUCCACGGAAAAUGAAGUACCGAGUUGUUGGGUACCGAUUUUUGAUCAAGGUGCUAGAGAUCCUAAUUUAACUGUUAUGCCUGUUGCGACGCCUUAUAAUGGGCCAACUCUAUAUCAAAGUCCUGUAGUUUAUUCUACAGAACAAUUUACAAACCAGCCAGCUAUUGCUGGACAAUAUCCAGUUGGAGCAUAUCCAAUGGGAUAUGCUACUUAUCCAGUUAAUGGUGCUCCAUAUCAAAACAUUUGGCCACAGCCAAUGACAUAUUUUUUACCGCCAUCAGCAACUCCUGGACCAACUCAAACGGUAUUGGUCCCGCCAGCUGCACCACAAACCCCAAACGCAACUUUAAUACAAUCAACAGCAUCUAAUACACACACUCCAAGUACAAAUUCAAUUGGCAGAAGAAAUUCUCCACCAACGAAUAAUCAUCAUGUGCAUACGACAACAGCACAUGGAUCGUCAGCGGUUCAAACGAGUACCGCUAUGCCCAUACAAACAUUUCCUUCAAGUGUUCCUUUCUCACUAGCCGCCACAUCUGACACUACAUCGGCAUCAGGACCAGCUUUAUAUGCGAUACCUCCAUCGGUUUAUCCAAAUGUUCUUCAAUAUCCAGCGUCAGCUACAGGCUAUUAUCAGCCACUGCCUCAUCCGCAAACAAAUACAACAAUCAUUAGCUCCGUGAUUCCACAUUCGAGUGCUCAUCCUUCCAGUACAGUUCCAUCUACGCCUCAUUCUUAUCACACGACAGGUAUAGGCGGGGAAAUUUUAACGCAUUUUCCAUUUAGUCAUCAGCCACCAGGACACAGUAAUGGACAUAAUGCAACAUCCACGCCACAAUCAGCACCGAGUACGCCAUUAUCAUUGACCACAAUGCCACCAAAUUUCAAAAAUCCUCCAUUAUUCACAACACAACCGCUAAUUGCUACUGCUCCUGUACAUAUUGCUGCACAUUAUGAUAACGAUAAGAAAACAAGUAGCAUAACAAGUAUGAGCAGUGCACCGAAAAAAUAUAAUAAUGGUGGAAAUGGUAUAUUAAGCACACCACCAACAGCAUUUCCACAACAUUCAAAUUUAACAAAGCCAUCAAAUGGUGGAAGUAGUAAUAGACAACCGCCGCUUGCAAGCUACCAGCCACCAGUUAGUGCGCAAGGUGGAAAAAAAAGCAUAAACAAUAGUAAUAAUAACAAUAAUAAUAAUAAUAAUAAUAGCUGUAGUAAUAGUCAUAGCGAGGAUACAAAUAGUUUAAGCAAUAGUAAUAUGAGUAGCAAUUAUAGCAGUAGUAAUCGAAUAAAGAAUUCAUCAUCAAAUCGUGAUCAAACAUCAUCAGCUAGCGGUAGUUAUCAACCAAAGUCAUCAUAUAAUAAUAAUAAUAAUAAUAAAAGUCAGCAACAGCAGCAACAGCAUCAUCAGCAGAGCUACAGUAGCAAUAGUAAUAGUCCAAAUUCAAAUGACAAUUCAGAAAGUACGAAUGUAAGCGUAAGUGGCAGUAAUAAUGGCAAAUAUCCACCACGCGGACCAGGAUCGAGAAUUCCACCAUUAGAUUUAAAGCGCAACAACAGCAGUGCUAAUGUGGUACCAAAUCAUCAUACACGAAGUACGCCUAGCACAAAUUCCACAGAAUCUAACAAUUCUCCGAACAGUAUUACGUCAUAUGAUCAUUCAAGAAAUUAUCAUUAUACAUCACAACAUUAUCAGCAUCAGCACCACCCCCAACAACAUCAUCAUCAGCAGUACCACCAGACGCAUUAUGCAUCGUCAAAUACAAGUGGACAUAAUAGUGGAACACAUUAUUAUCGUGGUGGCAGUGCUGGUGCGAUUAACACAAAUAUUCAUCACAAUACAAAUAAUAACAGUCACAAUAGUACUGAAUCACCAUCCAUACAGACAUGCUUUCCUUUCAAUGUUCACUCUCAAAACCCUGGAACUUCCACGCCACUACUCGACUCAUGUCAUCCUCAGCAGCUCAUUGGCUACAAUAAUCCCAUGGCAGCAGGAAUGUAUGUGAAAUUCGGACAGGCAUUUACAUUCGCAAAUCCAUUGCCCAACAACAGAAAAUCUCCAUCGAACGAUAUAAGAGCACCAUUGGCAGGUGUAUACUCAACUAUGAUGUUACCUGGAGGACCGCGUCAAAUGAAUCCACGGACGAUGCAAAACAAUCACAAUUACAAAGGCAAUCGCACACAACAAAGGUAAAUGUGAAGGAAAUGAAAAUACAACAUGCAGACAAAAACAAAAAAAAAUGAACAAGUGGACGUGAAAUUAAAAUCAUCAUACUUUAUAAUAUUAUAUAUAGUGAGAGGGGUCAGGGCCGAAGAGUUUUAUAAGCAGUGAGAAAAUAAUGAGAAUUCCUAUAAAGAUUCUAAACGAGGUUUAUAUAAAAUGCAUACAUACAUAAGUCAGAUGGAAAAUGUCACAUACAUACAUGAACAGACAGGCAGACAGAGACACAAAAAAACAUACACACUCAUUUUAGCAGGAAAGGAACAAAAUAUUUAUAAAUAUAUUAUAUUAUAUAUUUUAAAUUUGCGUUGCCAAAUUAAUUAAUUAUGUAUGUGAAAGUGAAAAGAAUAUACUUAAAAAAAUAGACAGAUCUAUAUGAAGAAGAAAAAAAAAAUAUAAGGAAUAGAACAUAUAUAGUCAAUACUGCAGCUUCAUACUCUAAAGAAUCAAUAGAUAAUUAAUUAAUUUUAUGAAAAAAAAAAUCAAGCAUAAAUUCUUUCUUGAAUUAUUUAAUUAAUUACUUUCUCGAAUCAUUUAUCAAAGCAGAAAAAAAGAAAACUUUUCAUAAUUUUAACAGUCUAUAAAAGAAAAGAGAAUAUAUCUGUAGAAAUAGUCAAGGAAAGUAUCAUUCUAAGGCCCAUCAACAUAAUAACUACAUAUGAUGAAAAUUAUAUAAACCAGGAUGGAUUUGGUGCUUUGGAGUUCUUUUGGUGGUCUUGUUGAAGCUACACAAGUAUAACACAAGUCGGAUAAUCGAGAAGGACUUAAGAGCGACCAAAGAUUCGUCUCGAAGUCGCCGUGAAGUAGGAUUUCAUCUCGAUUAUCCGACUUGUGCUAUUCAGGAUACUCAGUUGACUCUAGACUUUAGUUGAUUUUAACCGACUUCUUCGAUGGUUUAUCAUACAAUCACUAGAAUGCAUAACUAGCUUGUAUAUUACAACUUAAGCUACAAACAAAAGACAAAGACAGACUUUAAACUAUAUGUGACUUCCAAACUCUAUAAAACAUCAAUAAAGAUCUCUUAAAGAGCCUUUGUUUCAUUUGGAUCAGCAAAAUCAUUAAGAUUCUUGACAAAGCAUGCAAAUUUCAAACAACAGACUCUCCAGAUAGAUCCAAAGCAACCCUAGUUCAUCCUCCCCACUAAUGCAAAAAGGAAUAAUUUAAACUAUAAAAAAAAGGUAUUCAUAGGACAAAAGAAAAUCAGAUGACUUAUGCUAAAGCUAAGGACAAAACUCUUUUAAAUAUGUAUCUGAUACAAAUUAUUAUAAAAAAAAAACAGAAUCGAUUAAGUUUCUACUAAGAUGAUAGUCAUAUAUAUAUUAUUAUAUUAUGUAAGUCAUAUAUACUCUGUUUUCUCUCGACUCUUUUUUUUAUAUUUUCAAUCAUAUUUAAACAAAAAAAAAAUUACAAAAAUCCUUUAAUGUUAUUUUUAUCCUGUUUCUUUUUUUUACAAUUUCUAAAAGAAUGUUUUUUAUAAUUAUUUAUUCCUUGUUAUUAUUUGUCGUAUAUUAAAUACCUUUGAUGAUCAAAGAAAAAAAAAAUGUGAAGCAUGCAGGACUGAAUGGCAAAGAGAUUAGAUUGAUUGAAAAAAGCUUUGAGCUUUUCAUGUCAAUUUAAUCGGAUCAUAGAAGCUUCAAGAAUGCUCGCAUGCUUUAAUGAUUUUAAUUAUUGAUCUCUUCCCAAAAUCUUAUAUUAUGGAUAUGAUUGAAUUGACUUUGUGUGAUGCUUAAAGUUGGAUGGAAUUUUAUGAAAUUAAAAGUUUAAUUGUUGAUUGAAUUUUAAGAUCUAAAUUUUUAAAAUUAAUGUGAAAUUUUCAAAGAUUUUCAAAAAAAAAUAUUAAUUACUUAAUAACGAAUUAAUUUAGACUCCUCAAAAUGUAUAGGAUUCGAACCUGACAAUUUAAUACUAAAUUGAUAUAAUGAAAAAAUUAUAUUUUUGUUUGAUUUUAUUAUAAAACAUAUUAAAAUCUACAUUCUCAAUGAAUCUUAACAAAAUGUUAAUCAACCUUUACAUCCACAAAGAAAAAGCAAUCCCAUAAUUAUUAGGAUUAAUCUUCAUCCUCAUUUAUUCCCCAUUUUUCAUUAAACAUUUAUAUAAGUAAAUGAAAAGUUUUAAUUGGAAAUUUAUUUUCUGGAAUUUUCUUGAGAGUCUUACAAGUCAUUUUAAUGAUUGUGCACAGCACUGCAGCUAGAUUAUUUAAUAAAAAAUAAAAUAAAGUAAAAUUAAACAUUUAUUUAUUUUUAUAUAAGAGACUUUAAAACGUUACAAAUUAGAUCUUAAAGCAUUAAAGCAAAGAACAAUAUGAAAAGCAUUGAGAGCUUCAGCAGUGAUGCAGAAAUAAAUCAGAUCAUUUUGAUGAAAUAGCAUGUAUUGGGAUAGAACCAUUCAAAAGUACGUGUGACUAAUGACUUUAUACUAGUCCUGCACUAGUUCUACAUUUUGAUGGAGCUAAGUUCGGUGCAUGAAGCUGAAAAACCUGACAUUAUAGCACCUCCUAAAGGAUUCAUUAGAAUCUAACUGAUUGCUAUCCAAAUGCAUGCCAUAAUAAAAUGUAAGGCUCCAAAAAAAUUCAACAAAAAAAUAAAAUUUUCAUUAAACUUUUUCUCGUUUUCGUACUUAAAGAAUCUUUACAUAAUCUUAUUACAAAAAAUGCUGUUUUUUUUCUUAAAUUAGAUUUCCUUAUUACUUCUACAUUAUGAAUCUUUAAGAUUAUUACUAAAAGUGUUAGUUUUUUAAUAAAAAAUGAAUAAAAUAAAAAAUAAAAAAGAUGAUAAAGUAAAAAAAGUGAAGAAAAUAAUUUAAAAUUAUUAAAAGAAAAAUAUUCUAUCGAAUAAAAAAAAUCAACAAGAAUGAGAAAAUGAAAAAAAAAAUUAUUGAUCGAUAAAAAAGUCACACAAAAAAGAUUGAAUUUGUUUAUUUUCAAAAAAAUAAUGUAAAAGAUAAAAAAUUAUGUUUGAUUUAUUUCCUCAGUUACAUUCAACAAUUUAAAAUAGAAGAAAAUUUAUAUUUAUAAAUUACGGCGAUCAGAACGGAAUAAAGAAUCGAUUUUAAAAUGACGAGGAAAUGUUAAAGAAUGAAAAAUUGAUGCAGUGAGAGUAAAAAAAAAACAUUAUGUAUUAAUAAAGAACAUAUUGAAAUAAAUUCAAACAUAAAUGAAAAAUGAAAAUAAAAAUGAAUAAAAAUGCGAA